UCUCAAAAUGAAUGUUGCUGUUGUGAUAUUGUUCAUCUUGUUGUGCACGAAGUUGCUUAGAAAGCUGCUUGAAAAGGCUUCGAAACACCUUGUGUCUUUGGUUGUGAGAAAGACAUCUGAAACUACAAGAUUGAGAAGAGACGUCGAAGAGCUGAAGAAGAAGCUGGCGGAUGUCAGUGCUCAGGACGAGUUUGCUUAUCAUGCAAGAUUACAACGGAAACUGAACAAAGUAACAGAAGAUUUUAAGACUUCAACCAGCAAUGACCAGACGUUUGCAUGGAAGACCAGGUUGGUUAUGAAGGGAACUAUCAUGGUGUCUAUGUUUUUGACACAUGUAGCUGUAGUGUGGUGGUUUUGGACGGACAUUGUCCUUUCUGUUCCUGCAAAUUUUCUCUAUCCAAUGGAUGGUUUGUUGGCAUAUCCUGUUGGAAAAUCAGGUGACGUUGGUGCUCCUGCUUGGGUCCUGCUCUCCUCCCAUGCAUUGGAAUUUACAUUCUGCCUAUUGAAUCACUCACGCCAGCAACUUUCCACAUCCCAAGUCAAAACAAAGUCAUAGCAGUUAUGCAACUGCAACCCUAAUUAUUGAGUAAUGGAUAUUAAGCCCACCUUGAAUAUGAAGAGUUUAUUUGAUUGUUAUGUGUAAACGAGUAUUUUAGAUGUGCGUACUCUAUCAGAUUCUCAGUGACCUUAGCACUGCCUGCUGCAAAGUGGGUGACAAAAGUGUGUCUAUAUUCAUGUUGUUGUGUGAAACAGAAAUGCAGGUGCGUAGUCACCAAUUUGGAAGUGGUAGAGUUGAAAAUUAAUAUUAACUAUUUAA